GCUCUGUUUGUGCAGGGGAAGUGUUAGUUAUCAUUCCUUAGUUAACUGACUCACAGCAACUAAAUAAUCGCCUAUUUAUCAGCCUACUCUCGUAACACUCCUUUGGGAUACGCCUUCCAUUGACUCGAUAGACUCACCACCCAACAGUAGCAGUUCCAAUGGCGACCAACAAGAUCGUGGUUCUGGGAGCCGGUGUGUCUGGAUUGACCACUGCGUAUCUUCUUUCGAAGGACCCCUCGAAUAGUAUCACCGUCCUCGCAAAGCACAUGCCUGGCGACUAUGAUAUAGAAUAUGCCUCCCCGUGGGCUGGGGCCAAUUAUCUCCCUGUGGGCAAGCGUGGAAGUGACCAUGAGAGAUGGGAGCGCAACACCUGGCCAGCAUUGAAGGAGCUGACCGAGAAGCAUCCCGAGGCAGGACUUCAUUUCCAAGGCAUGAACAUCACUUAUCCCCCUCCCCAUCCUGCCAUUGGAGUUAACUCGCCUUCAGAAACAAUCGUCUACAACCGCACCAAAGACCAAGGAUCCGCAACCGGGGACUGGUUCUCCGAGCUGGUGCAAAAGAACCCCUGGUAUAAGGAUGUUGUGCCGGACUUCCAAGAGAUCCCCGCCGACCAGCUAGCCGCGGGCAUCGACAACGCCUCCAAAUUCACCUCCGUCUGCAUCAACACGGCAAUCUACCUCCCCUGGCUAGUGGGCCAAUGCCGGCGCAACGGGGUGGUCUUCAAGCGCGGCGUCCUCAAGCACAUCAGCGACGCUGCUAGCACUCCCCACCACCACACGGGCCACAAGCCCGACGUGGUCGUGAACUGCACGGGGCUCGCGUCCCGCACGCUCGGCGGCGUCCAGGACGCCAAGCUCUACCCGGCGCGCGGGCAGAUCGUCGUGGUGCGCAACGACCCGGGCCAGAUGGUGUCGAUCUCGGGCUCCGACGACGGCGAGGACGAGGUCGUCUACAUGAUGACGCGCGCCGCGGGCGGCGGCACCGUCAUCGGCGGCUCCUACCAGAAGCACCAGUGGGACCCCCUGCCGGACCCCAACCUGGCCGUGCGCAUCAUGAAGCGCGCCGUCGCGCUGUGCCCUGCCCUGGUGCGCGACGGCCAGGGCAUCGAGGGCCUGGACGUCAUCCGCCACGGCGUCGGCCUGCGGCCCCUCCGCGAGGGCGGGCCCCGCGUCGCCGCCGACCGCAUCGACGGCGUCGCCGUCGUCCACAACUACGGUCAUGGCGGGUUCGGGUACCAGGCCUCGUUCGGCUGCGCGGAGGAGGCCGUCCGCUUGGUGCAGAGCUCUUUGUCCGGCCGUGCCAAGCUUUAG